AUGGACCCUCGACCGUUAGACGAUGAAGCCGAAGAAAUCAGAAAAGAGAUCAAGGCAUUACUACCACAAGUCACCACAAUUGAAGAAGAUAAAAACGGAAAUAAGAAGUACGGGGGGGAUGCGCUUUUGAUGUUGAUUUCGCGUAUGAAAAUCGCUCUCGGCAUUGAUGAGAACUGGGAAGGACGCUUGAGACAUUGGAAGAAUCCUACAAAACUAAAUCUUCCAAACUCGGCAUACCUUAUCCCAAUACCGAAAGGGAUUGUAGUGAACGGGUGGCUAUUGAAGGACGGACAUUUCGUGCAAGUUAAUAUUAACCCAGUUGUGGGUGCUGGUACGACUACGUUAAUUGUUGCGCCUCGCUGA